AUGGAUGUAGCUGAAAGAUUUGAACAUGUCAAGCGAUUGGGGCUAUGCAUCAACUGCAUGUCCAAUAAACAUCAGCUCGCUCGCUAUUCAUCUACGCAUAAUUAUAAAGUUUGCGGGAAGAAGCAUCACAGCCUCCUGCAUCGUGUUACUACAACGAUCACGUCAAAAAAUGAUUUUACCGGCACUGAUACUACGACCGCUACACAUACGCACAUGGAAAAAUCGCCAAAGGAUCAAGUCAUCCGUGCCACCGCACUUGUACUUGUCAAAGAUGCAUCAGGGUCAUAUCAGCGGCUUCGUUUACGUCGUCAACGCCAGUCAGUCGAGAUUCUAAGCAUAGGAAAUGUCCAGGCUUCAACGAGUUACAAAACAGUCACUACAACUAAGUCCCAACAUACAAAUUCCGAAUGGAAUCUACCAGCCAAUAGCAAACUUGCAGAUGAGCAAUUCUUCAGAACAAGUAGGAUAGACUUGCUUAUUAGAGCCGAAGUAUUAUUCGAUAUUUUGCCAGUCGGACAAAUCAAGUUGGGCGAUGACAUGCCAGUUGUCCAAAAAACUUUACUCGGGUGGAUCGUGACCGGUAAAUACAAGGAACGACCAUCAAAGCAUGUCUUAUCAUCCCCGCGUACGUGCCUUCUGUCAAUGGAGGAAGUACUCAACGAAAAUUUAGAAAAAUUGUGGAAAAUGUACGAAGUCGAACGGCAUGCCAGCAAGUGGUCGAACGAAAACGCGUACAUUAGCACUGUAAGACGCAACGCUGACGGUAGAAUUGUAGUGCGGUUGCCGCUUAAAGAUGAUUCCAGCAGGCUUGGUUUGUCACAUGCUACGGCACUCAAACGGUUUAUAGCUCCGGAACGACGGCUUAGGCAUCAGCCUGAUCUGAAAUUACAGUACGUGAGCUUUAUGCGUGAGUACGAAAGCCUUGGGCAUAUGUCGGUAGUAAAGAACCCUAAUUAUAAUGCACCGCAUUACUACAUUUCUCACCAUUGUAUUUUGAAGCCUUCUAGUACUACAACAAAGUUGCGCGUUGUGUUUGAUGCGUCUUGCCAGACAACGUCGCUCAAAUCAUUAAACGACCUAAUGUUUGUUGGUCUAUCAAUGCAGACCGAUUCAGAUCGCCAUGCCUUGACUGCGGAUAUAAUAAAAAUCGGACAAGAUCGCUGCCUGCAGUACAUAGUGUGGAGAAACAGCGAAGAGGAGGAAAUUCGUACGUACGAAUUAAACACUGUCACGUAUGGUACUGCUGUUGCGCCGUAUCUGGCCAUACGUAGCCUUAACUUCAUUGCCGACGAUUACGCAUAUGAAUUUCCGGUUGGAGCCAAGGUGGUUAAGUCGUCAUUUUAUGUGGACGAUCUUAUAUGCGGAUCCGACUCAUUCGCUGAACUUAAACAAAUUCAGUUCGAAGUGUCGCAAGUUUUAGAAAAAGGUUGCUUCGAGCUUGCAAAGUGGCACUCGAACUGUGCUACCUUUCGUGACGAUUCUACUUUGAAAAAUCUUAGCUUUGAUGAAACAGCAGUCACAAAUGCUCUCGGCAUCACUUGGGAUCAAAGUAACGAGACGUUCUUGUUCGCAUUUCAGCCCAAAAAUAAGUCUACUAAGGUAACCAAGCGAAUGGUGUUAUCCAUCGCUUCGUCUUUAUUCGAUCCACUUGGAUUGUUAACGCCAAUAAUCGUCAUCGCAAAGAUUAUCCUCCAGGAAAUCUGGCUCCUGAAACUAGACUGGGAUGAGAGUCUUCCUCAAAAUUUACACUUGGCAAGAGCACCGCAUUUCGGCGGCCUUUGGGAGGCUGCGGUAAAGUCGGCUAAGGAACACCUCUACCGUACCUUAAUGAACACACGAUUAACAUACGAGGAAUUGACCACAGUACUUAUUGAGAUUGAAGCGAUUCUCAAUUCACGCCCCAUUGCACCGAUAUCAUCAGACCCCAGUAACUUCGAAGCAUUAAGUCCUGGUCAUCUUCUCAUUGGAUGCUCAUUGAAAUCACUGCCCGAACAACCCUCCAUCGGAGUGGAAAUCAAUCAAAUCGAACAGUGGCGGCGCAUCACAGUCAUCAAAGAGCGCUUCUGGCGUCGUUGGUCACUGGACUACAUUAAUGAGUUGCAGACUCGUGUCAAAUGA